AAACUGUCGGGGACUGAAUCUGGAACUCAUCAAAGCUUUAUUUCAUUUUUGUUUUUAUUAAAAGAACGAAAUCAGACUGAAGAAAUGGAGAUGAAAUCAAGCUUUACUCUUUCUUCAUCGUCAUCAUCACCAAAAUUGGUUGACUCUUCAUUUCGAUUUAGAAACCCUAAACUCCCUGUGUUUAGCUUACCCUCUUUCUCUUCCCAUUCGCGAAGAGCAUGUCUUCAUGUUUCUGCCAUAUCUGCUCCAAAACUUAGAUUUGCAGCUCGCAGGAAGGAAUCUGUGGUGGUCCAACAGCUACAAAGACCUCUGAUGGAGUACAUGAGAUUGCCUGCGAGUCAGUAUUCGGUGCUGGAUGCAGAGAGGAUCGAACGGGUGGAUGAUAAUACAUUCAGAUGUUAUGUGUAUGGUUUUAAGUUCUUUGCUUUUGAGGUGCGCCCUGUUUUGUUGGUGAGAGUCGAGGAGCAGCCCGACGGGUGCUCUAUUAACCUAUUGUCUUGCAAGCUUGAGGGCUCACCUAUUGUUGUUGCUCAAAAUGAUAAGGUUGAAGCUUCUUUGGUGAAUAGAAUAAGUUGUGAUAACAAACCAGGAGACGCGACUCUAGGGCAACUCACUUCAGAUGCAGUCAUUGAGGUUAACAUUGAAAUUCCCUUUGCAUUCCGAGCACUUCCUGUCAAAGCAAUUGAAUCAACUGGUGCUAAAAUCCUUGACCGGGUACUAGGGAUCACACUUCCACGGUUUAUGGCACAGCUAGUGAAGGACUAUCAAGCGUGGGCUACCGGUGACACCUCAAGGCGGCCCCUGGGAAACGGUCAAAUUUAAAAUCGCAAGAGCUUAUUUUCAUAUUUGAUGAUGAUGAUGACGACGACAUAUACCAAUGGGUAAUACUAUUAGGUGUUGCAUGAUAAAUUGAAAACUCUUCUUGGAGAGGAGAAAGUUUUUUUUUGUGUGUUUUGGAAACAUUAUGGAAAAUGGCUUACUAUUUAAAAAAUGACAUUCUAGUUU